GGAGCCAGGCGGCGGCGCGCGGGAUCGCAGGCGGAGAGGAGGAGAGGAGCCGGCGCGGGAGAGGCGGUCGCGAGCACGAGUGGGGUGGGGCGUGCCCGCGGGCCCCCGCCCCCCUCGGCCCCGUGGUCCCCGGCCCCGCAGUCCCCGAGCGCCGCACAGCUUUCUCGCUCGUUCUGCCACCACCCGGGCCUCCCAGGACGCCGUGGAGAGGGCACGAGGACCCAGGCCGCGCCUGGAGCGGAGCCGUCGGGAGGGGCGGGCCCGAGGCUGGGAGCGCAGGGGCCGCUGAGCCCGCAGAGGGCAGGGCUGGGCUCGGGCCUCCCGGGUGACAGACGCUGCGAGGCGGCGACAGAGGACCAGAGGCCAGCAGGGAGGAGGCCGGACCCAGAACACAGGCAUUGGCCUCACCUGAGCCCAGGGACCCGGGAAUCCAGAGCCGUUUUCCCGUCCUAAGGGAGACCCUGCUCCGGCAGCGCCCUUCUCCAGACAGCUCUGCCGGAAGGGGUCCUGGGAGCCCCGUUACCACCCCCGUGCCCUGCGCCCAGGCCUCUAGGCCUCGGAGAGGAGCCCUCGCCGGCAGGGAGGCCCCCAGCCUCCUCCUGGGGAGAGAGGAAGUUCCCUGCCGUCUCCAGGCCCGGGAGGACCUGGGCCAGCCCGUGUGGGGACCUGGCCCCGGAGACCGCCCCGGCCAUGUCAAGGCCGGGCCAGGGCGUGAUGGUGCCGGUGGCCGGGCUGGGCUUCCCGCCGCAGAACGUGGCCCGGGUCGUGGUGUGGGAGUGGCUGAAUGAGCACAGCCGCUGGCGGCCCUACACGGCCACUGUGUGUCACCACAUCGAGAACGUGCUCAAGGAGGACGCCCGGGGCUCUGUGGUCCUGGGCCAGGUGGACGCCCACCUGGUGCCCUACGUCAUCGACCUACAGUCCAUGCACCAGUUCCGCCAGGACACAGGCACCAUGCGGCCGGUGCGGCGCAACUUCUACGACCCGUCGUCAGCGCCGGGCAAGGGCAUCGUGUGGGAGUGGGAGAACGACGGCGGCGCGUGGACGGCCUACGACAUGGACAUCUGCAUCACCAUCCAGAACGCCUACGAGAAGCAGCACCCGUGGCUCGAUCUCUCGUCGCUGGGCUUCUGCUACCUCAUCUACUUCAACAGCAUGUCACAGAUGAACCGCCAGACGCGUCGCCGUCGCCGUCUGCGCCGCCGCCUGGACCUGGCCUACCCGCUCACAGUGGGCUCCAUCCCCAAGUCGCAGUCCUGGCCCGUGGGCGCCAGCUCGGGCCAGCCCUGCUCGUGCCAGCAGUGCGUGCUGGUCAACAGCACGCGCGCCGCCUCCAACGCCAUCCUGGCCUCGCAGCGCCGCAAGGCGCCCCCCGCGCCCCCGCCGCCGCCUUCGGGAGGACCCCCGGGCGCGCUCGCCGUGCGCCCCAGCGCCACCUUCGCCGGCGCCGCGCUCUGGGCCGCUCCCGCCGCCGCCACCGCCGGCCCUGCCGAGCCCGCGACACCCCCCGCGCUACCCCCGAGGAGCCCGAGCGCCCCCGGCGGCGCGCCCACCCCGGGGCAGAACAACCUCAACCGGCCCGGGCCCCAGCGCGCGGCCUCCAGUGUGAGCGCGCGCGCCUCCAUCCCGCCCGGGGUCCCCGCGCUCCCGGUGAAGAACUUGAAUGGUACUGGCCCGGUCCACCCGGCCCUGGCAGGCAUGACUGGGAUCCUGCUGUGUGCCGCGGGGCUGCCGGUGUGCCUGACGCGCGCCCCAAAGCCCAUCCUGCACCCGCCGCCCGUGAGCAAGAGCGACGUGAAGCCGGUGCCCGGCGUGCCCGGGGUGUGCCGCAAGACCAAGAAGAAGCACCUCAAGAAGAGUAAGAAUCCAGAGGAUGUGGUUCGAAGGUACAUGCAGAAGGUGAAAAACCCCCCUGACGAGGACUGCACCAUCUGCAUGGAGCGGCUGGUCACAGCGUCAGGCUACGAGGGCGUGCUGCGCCACAAGGGCGUGCGGCCCGAGCUGGUGGGGCGCCUCGGCCGCUGCGGCCACGUGUACCACCUGCUGUGCCUGGUGGCCAUGUACUCCAACGGCAACAAGGACGGCAGCCUGCAGUGCCCCACCUGCAAAGCUAUCUAUGGGGAGAAGACGGGGACCCAGCCGCCGGGGAAGAUGGAGUUCCACCUCAUCCCCCACUCGCUGCCGGGCUUCUCGGACACCCAGACCAUCCGCAUCGUCUACGACAUCCCCACGGGCAUCCAGGGCCCCGAGCACCCCAACCCCGGGAAGAAGUUCACGGCCAGAGGCUUCCCGCGCCACUGCUAUCUGCCCAACAACGACAAGGGCCAGAAGGUGCUGCGGCUGCUCAUCACGGCCUGGGAGCGGAGGCUCAUCUUCACCAUUGGCACGUCCAACACCACGGGCGAGUCGGACACCGUGGUAUGGAAUGAGAUUCACCACAAGACGGAGUUCGGAUCCAACCUCACGGGCCAUGGCUACCCGGACGCCAGCUACCUAGACAACGUGCUGGCCGAGCUCACGGCCCAGGGAGUGUCUGAGGCUGUGGCGAAGGCCUGAGGCCCGAGUCUGCACACCCGCCCUCUGCUUUGCCCCUGGUUCGGCACACGUCUCCCUCCGCCAGCCAGGUGUGACCUGGUGUCCCCAGUUCAGGGCUGGGGAGGGGCCUGCACAAGGAGCCGGAAGCAUUCGGGGAUUUUCUUGGUGGCAGUUGGGAUGACGGGAGGCCGCCAGGUCUGUUGGCCCUGACCCAUAGCUCCCUGAGAGGGCCGCAGAGAGAGGAUUGGAAACCACAGCGACCUCCCUGCCAAAAAGACAGUGACCCACCCCACCCACCAACACACAUCCUGGUGAACACACGUGAACACGUGCACGCACACCCACGUGCCUCCCCUCUCCCCCAGGCCGGGGGGAAGAGGCAGAGACCGAUCUGUGCUCCGGCCGCCUCUGCACAGGCUUGUCCACGCCCGGGACUCAGGGUGAGCACUGAGGGCCUCUGGGGCUCUUGGGAGACGGAGAACUUGGGGAGCUUGGUCUCCCCGUGCUCACCCCCCUGCUUUGUCUCUGCCGCCACCGAGAGGGGAGGCCCCCAGACCAUUGCGUAGAUUUACCCAGGCUGGGCCAGAGUGCGCAGGGACGUGAGACAUCUUACUCUGUGCUGUGUCUGUCUCCUCCUCCCCCUGCCCCUCCCCAGGCCUUAUGUCUACCACACAGGAAGCCACUCUCCUCCUCCCCAUCCCCAUCCUGUCCACCGCGUCCCCCCAACUUUGACAUCCAAAGGCUGUGGCUUCUGCUUUCAGGAGCAGGAGCAGGAGGAGGCCUGGGUCAGGCCAGUGCAUUGAGAGGGAGAGAGGACAGUGAAGAGUUAAUCUCCCUCUCCCAGGGAGUGGGCAGUAGGGUGGCUGAUGGUCUCUAGCCAACCAGGGGCCCGUUGCCCAGGCAACUCACCAGCUCCGCCUCUGUUGAUUGGCUGUCUCGGUGGGAGUCAGCCAAGAUUUAAAGGGACGCCAGCGAUUGCUCUUUUGAAAGACCGUACUAGUCCCACUGUGGGUGGAGAAAUAAAUGGUCUUUCUCCUCCUC